CUUUACCCUAGUACCACCACCUGGUCAGUCGCAAUAUCUUCAUCGUUACUGGUAAUGCAGACACCACGGUCGACACGCUCUUCGACUCUCGGCAAACGCACUCACUGCAGUGAACUGCCAUCGCCAGAUCCAACGCCUAGCUAUAAGCGACCAAAGACGACAAUCACCGUCCUCGAUGGCGACGAUAACAAGGAGAAUAUCCCUCCCUGUCUCAUUCGCGCUGUGAAUGCGGAUGCCCCUUCGCCAAUUUCAGCAAGAGCAACGCGAGCGCUCAGGAGAACGACGACAGAGAUUGAAGUUACACCAUCUCGUCGACGCGCGCAGCGUCAUACCUCUGCCUCUUCUUUGAUUCCUUCUCCCCCGACGUCACCUACACCUGUGUCACAAGCUGCGAUAAGCACACCUCCUAUGCCUACUAUAGUCUUACCUGUCCAUGUCAGGGCACGCGCGCUACUUCGUGCGACAUGUGAUGAUGCAGUAGAUAUGCCGGCACGUGAUGAUGAGCGCGCGAUCAUUAGCGCCUUUAUCGCGAGUUUCGUGGCUGCUUCGUCUCUGGACUCCGAUGAUGUAGAUCGUUCUGCUAGCCUCUACAUUUCUGGGGCACCGGGGACCGGGAAGACAGCCCUCAUCAAUUCAAUUCUGCGUUCUCUGGACGCUUUGAAUGACGUCGAGGUCAUCACAAUCAAUUGCAUGGCGCUAAGUAGUAUUGAGGCGUUGUGGGAACGGCUGUAUGAGAAGUUCGAGGAGACGAAGAAGCCAUCUGGUCGAACAAAGAAGGCUGCAAGAGGGAAAGAUCCCGUGGAAGCCUUGUUCCAUAAUCUAAAAACCAAACGUCUCUUGGUAUUGGAUGAAUUGGACCUUAUAACUACCACAUCCCAGUCACUGACGACUCUGUUCUCUCUUCCGAUCGCCAACCCCUCCGUUAUACGUAUCAUUGGCAUCGCUAACACUCAUACCUUGACAUCAUUUGCCGCUUCGUUCUCGUCAUCCGUACAGACUCUUCACUUCUCUCCUUACACACCGGCUCAGUUGCUGCAAAUUAUCGAAGCAAGGUUGGUCACUUUGCGUAAUGAUGAAGCUGAGGCGGAACAGGUCAAAAAGCUCCUUCCUGCUCCUGCCUUGACAUUGUUGACAAAGAAGGUCGCGGCUAUGACCGGAGACGUUAGAAGUCUCUUCGAAGCUUUACGUAGGACAAUCGAUGCCGCUGUCACGUCUCGCAAGGGCAACGGAUGUCCUUCCAUUACGCCUGCCCAUGUUCUCGCCGCUCUUAAAACCCAUGGACCAUUGCACCAGAAAUCUUUAGCACACUCUUCCACGCCCUCCAAUCCGAGUUCAAGCGACAGUGAAAUCGUAUCAAAUGUCAAGUCCUUGGGCCUUCAAGCACGCCUUGUUCUUCUCCUGAUCUUGCUAUCCUCCAAGCGAAUUGAAGCCGGCUUACCACUCACCUUGACCACUGCAGCGAAGUCCCCAUCAAAAUCCACAGGAGUAGAGACAUCACACCUGUUCAUCUUUUACUCAGCGGUGUUGCAGCGUGGUGAUAGCGAUGUGUUCACGCCCAUCUCAUAUAGUGAAUUCGUGGACUUGAUUGGUAUGCUAGAUGGGGUUGGUCUGGUAUCUGCUACAUCUACCAUUGAAUCCCCUCGUGGCAAAGGUGGCAAGCGUUCUCUCACCAGGACAUCGUCGGGAAUCAUGACCGGGCAUGUACAAAUUGCCUCAGGGGUUCGACCUGACGAAGUCUUAAGGGGUUUGGGCGUCAAAAAUGCCGAUGCAGAGGUGUCGGAUGAUGUGAUGGAAGAGGAGGUGUCUACCCUAUGGCAUCGAGAGGCGGCUCGGAUGAGUAGGGAGAUGAAGGCUAUGAAUGAGGCCAGAUCACAGGAGCGACGUAAUCCGGCUCAUUUUUCAGAUGCGAUGGAAGAUAAAUAAAACGUCUUCCCCGUCUGGUUUACUAUGACCAUUAUUGCAUUCAUUCAUCACGGUUAGGCCGUCCAAAAGGUUGUAUCAAUAGUCAACUGCUUGUUUAUAUGGACCAUGUAAAAUAUACCAUGUCAACUUACUGCUGUCGUUGUAUG